AUCGUAGUACUACGUGUAGUAGAAGGGGUAUUCGUAGUAAGUGCUGAUUGGCUGCUGCAGUACAUUCAUCAAUGCAUGUUAUGCACAGAUGGGUGGUGUUGUCCGAUUAUUAAGAAUACGACUUCUGUGCGAAAGUGGUCAAUUUUCAAACGCUCAUAACUUUUCAAAAAAUGCAGUUAGGAAAAUGAUUUUUGAACCAAAUUAAAGCUUGAACCUUUAACUUUCGGUACCGUCAAUAUAUAAUAUUUUUUGUCUCAUUUUCUUCUUCGACGUAACGCUUUGAAACGAUUGAUGCGCGAAUCGACUUUGUGGGAAAGCCUGUUUUAUCCAUUCACAACAUAAUCAACGUAAAAUUCACAAAUGGUCCCAGAGUUGACAUUCUUCAGUCAACGUGAUACAUCGUAUGCCUAACACGAUUUUGACAGCACCUUGCGCAAGUGGCUAGAAAGUUGAGAGCUGCUACAAUGAGUGAAGAAGAAACUGUUUCAAUACCUGACAUAUCAGGAUCGAAGAAUACUCACAAAUGUACAUACUUUGGAUGCAAUGCGAUCCUUUACUAUCAGUCUUUUACCAGUCCUAUACAAACUACUGUCUUUGUGAAGAUAAAUUAUAUAUUGUUCGUUGUACUUUGUCAGCGACCCUAUAAGUGCAGCCACGAUGGCUGUGAUAAAGCAUACACCAACACUUCACACCUAAAACGUCACAGUCAGACUCACAAUUUGACAAAACAGUCAUUCAAGUGCACCAAGUGCUCUUUGACUAUUAGUAAUCUGCAUAAUUUGAAACGUCAUUAUGAACGGGUUCAUGCAGAAAAUCAAUCUUUAUCCUGCGAAAGUUGUGGGGUAAAAUUCACCAAGGAACAAAAGUAUAAGGAGCACAAGGCUAUGCAUGAUGGCAUUGCAUUGUAUAAAUGCAAAAAAUGUGCCAAACAAUUUACACUAGCUGGUACAUUGAGGAAACAUGAAAGAUCACAUGACAAGAAAAAAAAGUAUUCUUGUACAGCUCCUUUUUGCUCAGAGAUAUUUGACAAGUGGUCCCUUCUUUGCAAGCACAAACAAACCAUGCACUCAAUUGAGUAUAAGUGCAAAGAUUGUGAGAAGUCGUUUUUGACAAAAACUCAUUUGAAGGUUCACUCAAUUGUGCACAGUGACAACAGGGAUGUGCUACCAUGUCCAUUUGACAAGUGUGCACGGUUUUACUUUUUCAAGCGUAAUCUUGACCACCACGUCCGCACAAUACAUUUGGGAAUAAAAUAUCGUUGUGAUAUUUGUAACCUUGAAGUAUCGACUAAGCAGAAAAUUAUUGGGCAUAUAACUAAAAUCCAUUUGUCAACAAAUAAAAAGACUGUUAACAGAUCAAAGAAAAGAAGAAGAAGAGAUGCUGGAAUAACUAGGAAAAGUAUGCUGGCAAAGUUAAGUGGUAUAGAUCUGCCCUGGGAUAUUGAAAAAGAACUGCUGAAUAGAAUACCCAAAGUUCCAGAGGGACUAAAAGAGACAAACGACUUAGUCCAGACUUCUGUGAUUGGUACUGAAAAUAGCCAAGGAAUUGGCAAAACAGAUCAGCUUUUAUUGAAUGAUUGUACGGAAAUCAUAUGUGAAUUCUCAGAAGGUCGAGGUGAAAGACAAGUAGCAAAUGAAUUAUGUAAUACAGUUGAUAAAGAAUUACAACUUCUCAAUAGCACUGUAGUUACUAAAAUCUCUGUUCGGUAACUUGUUUUUCAUUUUUUGAAGAAAAUCAAUAGUUCAAAAAUAAAUUAUUGUUCGUUUUCUGAA